UUUCCAAUUUAUAAAAGUUUAUUCACUCAUGACUCAUUCACUCAAUCUUCUUCCUCUUCCCCCUUUCCUCCAUAACUAAUAUAAAGCCUCUUUAAUGACGAAAGGACCCAUCUCCAAGAACAAACAGUAAUCCUCUUUAUUGUCCACAAUUAAAGAUUAAAGAUCCUCUUUUUAUUAGAUGGGUUGAUGAAGAGACAAGGGUCCCUUUAGUUAUCGCUGAAGAUCUUCAACCUCAAUCAUGUUGGGCAAUCUUUUUCUUUUGUAUGUAGAAACAAAAGUUUGCGGUUUUUAACUUUCUAAAAAAAAGUUUAUCAGUCCAUGACAAAGCUCAGUGCUUGAUUGGCUCCACUGUCUCUGUAAAGAAAAAGUUUGCAUUUUUUUCUGUCCCAUUUAUUCUCAGUGGUUUAUUUGAUAAUCAAUGGAGAAAAGGAGAUCACCAAGAAGCAGCAAGAGUCCUGGAACUGCAACUUUCCCUAAAAGCCCUCUUGUCUACGAGAGUUAUAAGUCUGGUUGUGGUUGGAAACUGAUCAACUUCUUUGAUUUCAGACAUGUUAAAUCUGGUAAUAAGAAACUGAGUUCAGACAAGAAACCCAUCAGAGAUUCUGCAGGUAAUGUUUACACUAAAAGCCAACUUGAUCUGCUCAACAGACUUCAUGAUAAAUGUCAGUGUCAUGAUCGGAUUGUGGAAGGAGAGAGUUCAUAUAAGCCUAAAACAAGGAGAAGAUCUUUAAGUUCUGAAACAGAAGAUGAGAGCUAUGAACCAAAACCUGUCCAGGGUUUACUAGAGAGAGAGAUAAAGAGGAUCAAGAAUCUAAGGGAGGCCACUUCUUUGAGUGGAGUUGAGAAGACAAAUGAUAAGGCUAAGCAAAUGGAUUUGAAGAAUGGGAGAGAUUGUAAGAAGAGCUCAGAGAUUAACCUUCAAGUUCGUGUGAAUGAAACGUUGAUCUGUUCCAAGGCAGAGGAGAAAGGAAAACACCGGUCUAAUCAGUUCAUGGAAGCAUUAGAUAUCCUAAGUUCUAACAAAGAAUUGUUCAUUACACUCUUACAAGAUCCCAAUUCUAUCUCAGCCAAGAAAGGUCAAGACUUGGAGAGACCUCAGGUGAAGGAACUGCGUGAUAAAUCUUUUUCAGUGGCUGACGAUUUGGAUAACAUUGUUCUCUUGAAGCCCAGAUUAUCAAGCUCGGUGAGAUUCAAACAUCUAGCCAAGAAGGUGAAGCUUGUUGUUGGAUCUAACAAAGACAGUAACCACACAGAAACUACACCAGAAUGUAGCGGCAAAGCUAGAGAAACUGAAGCUUUUGCUGUAAGAAAAAGUGAUGAUUCUACCAGUACAGUUGGCUAUAGAAGCCCGGAGUCACCGGUGUUUAGACGCAAGAAACGGGUUGAGUCUGAUGUCUUCAAGCUAAGCCUUGAGAAGGAUGUUUUGCCAAGAAGAUUCUUGGUGGAAAGGCAACAGGAGAGAUCAAAUUCUUCACCGGUUUAUGAAGUUCCCAAGGCAUUGAGUAGCUUGGAGACAAAACUCAAAGAGAUAAGACAGAAGCUGGAGAAGAGAAGAGAGAGCUUCAAGCUGUGGUCCUUGGACAAGGACUUGGAGGUUUUUGAUCCAAAUCCUCCCAACUCCAACGACAAUUGUACAAGUCUAGUGAUGAUCCAUUUGGAAGAAGAAACAGUAGAAGAGAAGAUUGGAUUAGUAUCGUUUGAUGAUCUUCUUCUAGAGAAAGACUCUGUUCUCAAGUUUGUGAAGAAAGUUCUUGAAGCUUCAAAACUGAACUGGACUAACCUCAUGGCGAGAUGCAACGAAGAGACAUCACUGCUCGACGAGUUCUCACACGGCAAUCACAACAACGGUCAGCUUCUUCUUGUUCUUGAUUACACAGACGAGAUUCUCCGCGAGAUUAACCGUCAAGACAUAAUCAGGUUUUGGCCUUUCUUACCAUCUUCCCUUAGAGAAGAAGACCUGAUUCAGGAGACGCUGAGACGUUUUGACUGGAGUUCACUCAGCUGUGACACUCCAACAAGUACAUUGGAUCAGAUCAUUGAGACUGAUGUGGUAAAGCCAUCAUGUCUUUGGUCGGGUUUUCGUGAUGAAAAUGAAGGUGUUGUCUCUGAUGUAGCUGAAACUAUUCUGCAGCGGUUGGUGCUUGACAUCUCCCAUGAGCUAAGAACAAUGCAGGAUAUGUAGAUUAAUCUGAAAUUUGUACGGACUAUUCAACAUUUUUUUGGUAUGUAUAAAAAGAAAUUUCAAUC